UCCGCGCCGCGUGUGAGUCAUCUGUGGAGGACAUCGAACAUGAGACACCUUGGAGUUUUAUUUCUUCUGCUCCCGCCACUAUCUUGGUGUUAUAUUUGGGGCGCUGAGGGUCGCUCUCUGCGGGCCUGCCACCAGCAGCGUGAGUUCAGGUGUAACGAUGGCUCGUGCAUCCAGAGGCUGAGUGUAUGUGACGGGCACAAAGACUGUGAAGAUGGAUCUGAUGAACAACGCUGUGGAUUCCUGUCCUGUAAGAAGGAUGAAUUUUCCUGCCGCAACAGACUCUGUAUAUCUUCACAUUUACGUUGCAAUGGCGUGGACGACUGUGGCGAUGGCAAUGAUGAGGCGUCCUGCCAAAACUGCAGCAUGCCUGGCUCUUUCUCCUGCGGACCGUCUGACACCUGUCUGCCCAGAAACAAGCUGUGUGACGGGAGAACUGACUGCAAAGACGGGCGGGAUGAGUCUCCACACAUGUGUGUUUUGUCUCAGCCACGCCUGCAGUCUUCUCCUGCGUGCACAGCGUUUGAGUUUCAGUGUGGAGACGGGCAGUGCAUCCGUCAGACCUGGAGGUGUGACCUCUCACCAGACUGCUCUGAUGGCAGCGAUGAGGACAGCUGUGAUCAGAAUGAAUGUCUGCACAAUAAUGGAGGCUGCUCUCACCAGUGUGUGGACCAGCCGAUGGGUUUCCUCUGCGACUGUCCCAACAACAUGAAGCUGGUUGAGGACAGCCAGUGUGAAGAGGUCGACGAAUGCCUGGAGAACGAUGUGUGUGAUCAGCUGUGUGUUCACAUAAACGGCAGCCUCACAUGCGACUGCCAGGAGGACUACCAGAGGAAUCAAACAACGGGCGGGUGCAAAGCCAAAGGAAAACCGGCUCAGCUGGUUUUCACCGCUUCUCAAGCACUACGAACAAUCAGCAUCACUGGCACGGGUUACAGGAAGCUGGCGCUACAUCUACCUGGAGCAGGGCCAGUGGCGACUUUUGUCUCUAACCAAACUCUGUACUGGGCCCAGCAAGGACACGGCUCUGUGUACAGGGUCUCUUUGGAUGGAAAUACAAAGGAUUCAGUGUUGGUGUUGAAAGUUGAAGGUUCAGUGUCAGGCCUGGCUGUGGACUGGAUCCAUGAGCUCCUCUACUGGACCAGUAUAGAGAGCAGUUCUGUUAACGUUGGCCUGCUGGAUGGUUCGGCGCAGCGGCUGCUCAUCACAGGACUGGACAGACCUUCAGCAGUAGCUGUGGAUCCUCUCCAAGGGCUGCUCUUGUGGGCUCAGUGUGGUAGCUCCCCAAAGAUUGAAAGAGCAAGCUUGGGUGGUCGAGACAGAAGCACUCUUGUCACUUCGUCAAUACGCUGCCCUGUCGCGCUUUCUCUGGAUAUGCCUCGUCAGCUGCUGUACUGGGUCGACCAGGGGAUGAGGAGUAUCUCCAGAGUAAAUCUAGAGGGCCGUCACCGAAAAACAGUGGUAGAGUCCAACGGUUAUCUGGACCGGCCAUUUGGACUGGCUGUGUUUGAGGGUUUUUUAUAUUGGAGUGAAGAAGUGACACGCUCCAUCUGCCGAGCCAACAAACACAAUGGGCGAAACCUCCAAGUACUGCUGUCAAACGUCACCUCACCCGGGGGCGUGGUCAUCGUCCAGCCAGCUCUCCAACCAAACGGGCCGACUGUAUGCAGGCAUGCUGGGACGGUGUGCCAGCAGCAGUAUGUCGUCGACCUGCUGUCUGAGAGUCCACAGUUUAACUGCACAUGUUCGGAAAAAAACAAGAACAUGGCUCAAGAAAUUCCUGUCAUUUCUCACACAGUCCCUGCAACAUCUUUAUCUGAUCCUGCCUUUGCUGGAAUCCUCUCUCUUCUAAUGUUUCUCAGUGUGCUGCUGGUGGGAAUGGCUCUGUGGUGGUGGAGAGAGGAGUUCAGGCCAUCCAGGUCUCUCACUGAGCAGAGCUUCUCCCUCAAAGAGUCCCAGGACCCGCUCAUCAUCCACGGGACGCACAUGGGUCCGAACACAUGUCUAGACAAGGACACUCUGCUAAAGGUGGACUUGGGUGCUGAAUGAAGAUGGUGCGAGCCAGAAAGCCAGCUUCACGUGCUGCAGUGACCUCAGGGCUGACAGGGAGCGAGAGGACAACAAACCCAGCUCAUCACCCCGUCCUGUUCCCGUCUCUGCAUGUUAGAAUCUCUCGAGAAAUGACCCAGGGUUAUUUUCCAAGUUCAGGUGGGGACUGGCUUCAGGCUGUAACUCCUGUUUUGAGGAAGUGUUACUUUCAGAAGUUGAUGAUGGUUGUUUACUUUCUAUUUCUCUGUGCUUGAGAGAGUGAUGGGAAUGUGAAGACUUAAGAUUAGACAUGAAACGGUUAGUUGAUUAAUUGCUGAGUCAUUUGGCGUCAACUGUUUUGAUAGUUGUUUGUUGGUUCCACUUUCUGCUUUUCUAUUUUUUUCAAUGACAGAGAUCUAAAUGUAUUCAGGAUUUAGAUGAUCGUUCAAAAUAAGCAAAUAGCAGACUUUGUUUUUCAGAUUUUACGCAACAAACCAUUCAUUGACUGACCAUUAUAAUUACAGUGCUACUGUAAAUGCAUAUCUUUUGUUUAAAUGCACUUUCUCUUCAGCGUUUAUUUCAUCUUAUUCCAAUCACAACUCUAUUUUCAAAACAUUAAGGAUGGUUGGUACUGAAAACUGUUCCACUGGUUUGUUCCUGGCCUUAAAGAUGUAACUCUUUUAAGUCAGAUAAAUGCAUUACGGCAUUGUGAAUGUAUGCUUUGUUCAGUGAAGCGUCUAAUUGGAUAAUUAAAUUGCUGUAAUACGCUUAUCCAUUUUCUUACCAAGAGUUGGAUGAGAAAAAGAGGACCAUGAAUCUCUGAAAUAAAUAUGAUGGAGAUCCAUAAAAGAGCUGGUGAGAAAUCUUCAUCUCGACCAUACGACAGACCAAGAUUUCCCUUUUUCAGACCAGUAAAGUUUUGGAAAGUUAAAUUGAGCCUUUGAUUUAGGUUAUCCUGUACCUUGCCUACAGUAAACAUCGGACAACAUGCCUUCACAACUACCUUAAACAUGCAUCAUCAACAGUUUGAAAACAUGGCCUUGAUUGUUGAUGCAACAUUGACGCACCAAUUGUUGGUGUAAUUAUUUCAGUCUAGAAUUUAAUUUGAAGAGGCCUGUUCAUUUUAAAUCAAUAGAUCAGUGUAGUAGGUUUGAUUCUCAAAGGGGACAAUUGCAAUAAAAACAUCUGGAUUUGUGGCUUUGUUAACAUUUUACAUAAAACCAUCAAGUCAUUAUAAGGUAGAGAUGUCCUCCUCACACCGUUUAACAGUGAACAAACUACUGCUGUUUUUUGGCUACAUAAACAAGAGGAGAUGCCAAUUUGGAGCCAACCUUUUUGUUUGUCUUAAAACGUUGGAGGAAAUGUUCUGCUGAUACAACGGGAACAAAUUGUUUUUUCUGUUCAGACCUGUUCAGUCACUUUUUGUUAUUUAAGUCUCAAAGAAAUGCACCAUUGUGUAUGACACAUCAUCUGUCCAGCGUUGAAUAAGAGACAAUUAUUUAGGUGUGCUCAAACUGCUGAGUUGUGUGGUUGGUAUUUAUUUUUAAAGUUUGAUUUUAUUUAUGUUUUGUUAGCAGUAGUUAGUGUAGUACUAACUUUGCACUGUGGAAAAACUGCUAGAUGCUGUAAAUGAAUAAAAUAAAGUGUUUUAUGUUUA